UUUACAUUCCAAUUCCAAUCUUGCUCUGCAUUUGCUUUUGAGACUUUUCAUUUUCGCUGUUCUGAUUAGUAUUUGAUGAACUAUCAACAAUUCAGUUGCUGCAAUGGGCUCUUUUUUUGACUAGAAACCAAUUAUUGAGUAUUUAUGAAUCAUAGUUAUGUCAUAUAAAUAAGUUCCAACUAAUUCCAACGGAUAGAAGUACAUAUCUUAUAGUUUUUUUCGAAGGUCACUUAAACUAUUGACAUCUGUUUCGUAUACUCAACUACAUUUUUCCGUUCUUGAUAUCUAAAGUGUUAUGUAAUCGUUUAAGAAAUGGAAAAUAUAAGUUCUGGAACAGAAAAUGAUUGGGUGAUCAAUUGCAGCGACGAUGAAUUUUCCUCAUCAGCUAAAGGACGAGAAGGCAUUUGGGAACCGACUCCUGAAGAAAUAAUUAACAUGUAUGAUAUAUUAGAUAGCAAAGGAGUAAUGGACUUCGAAUGGCAGUGUCCUGGUCGCCGAUCGCCAAGCGUAAAUUCUAAUAAAUCUGAUAUGAAUGACAAAGGAUCAAUUUCUGACGACGAGGCGAAUAAAAAGAUUGAACCAAAUGAAUUCGAUUUCGAUGAUGAAUUUGGUAUUGAGCAAACUCCUAAAAUUUGUCCGAGAAAAAGAGUUACCCAACCCACAAGUGCUCAAAGGCGAGUGGCUCGUCUGGAUAAAGUUAUGUUUGAUAUUCAAAGGCAUCGAAAACUGGAUGAAUUAGAAUUACAAAAGGACUUGGCUGAAGCUAAUGCAUCGAGCCCGAAAGUCGGUACAACAAUGGAAAACAAAACUUAGACUAUUGAGGAAAAAAUAUUACAGUGGCUUCAUGUUAUUUAUUUCCACAACAUUUCAUGGUUCUUACAUUUGAAAAUAUUGUUUAAAAAACGAACAAUAAUGGGGUUUUUUUUUGGUAUUUAUUGUUUUAAUUAAAGCAAGUAUAUUCUUAUUAUGUCAUUAAGAUGUACGAUUGGAGAAUUGCUUUUCAAGUUGCAAUAAUCAAUGGCUCAAUUUCAAAAGGAAGUCUCCAAACUUUUAUAUUUUAAUAAAAUUA